AUGGCAGCUCAGACCGGAGCAGCGCUCCUCCUCGUGGGCCUCCUUGCUCUUGCAACCAUGGCCAGCAGCAACACUGAAGGCGACAUCCUUUACUCGCAAAGGCAGGUGUGGAAGGACCCCAACAACGUGCUGACGAGCUGGGAUCCGACGCUUGUCAACCCCUGCACUUGGUUCCAUGUCACCUGCAACCUCGACAACUCCGUCACCCGAGUGGAUUUGGGGAACGCGGGCAUCUCAGGCACCCUGAUUCCUCAACUGGGACAACUGAAGAAUCUGCAGUACCUGGAGCUAUACGGGAACAAUAUGAGUGGACCAAUACCAACGACCCUGGGCAACCUGACACGCCUGGUCAGCCUUGAUCUCUACGACAACCAUCUCACCGGCGUGAUACCUUCCUCGCUUGGGGCAGUCGGGACCCUGCGUUUCUUGAGGUUGCAUGGGAACAAACUGGCGGGAGUUAUACCGGCGUCGUUGGGCCGUCUGACGAAGCUUGUCGAGCUGGAGCUUCAGGAGAACAUGCUGAGCGGCACGGUGCCCCUGGAGAUCCUCUCACUUGUUCUUGUUGGGGACUUGACUGAACUAAAUGUUGCCAAGAACAAUCUUGCCGGCACCGUCAGAUCAUCUAAACCAAGAGUGGCUACGGUCAUCCACUACAAGCUGAGCAGUAGUGGCAACCUGAACUUAUGUAAGAAUAAACUAAAUGAUUUUUAAUUCUGAAACUGCUGGCAGGAGCUGUAGCUGCAGCCUGAGCUUUUGUAGACCUCUAUUCUGUCAGGACUCCGGGGGCUUACCUCCGUUUCAAGCAAAAAUGGAAAAGGGAGGAAGUUUUAGUUGAAUGCAUUGUAAUUACUAGCAACCUUUUACCCGCAUAUCCUAUGAAAAGGUUACUAGGAGGUGGAGUUCAGUUAACUGAAGAAGGUUCAGAUAAGAAUGGUAUUUAAUGUUG